CCCAGUUAUUAUACCCACCACACCGACUACCGAGCACCGCCGUGGACUCUGCUCAAGCAGCCCGCCGUAACAGUAGACUUCUGCCUGCCUGCUCGAUCAAAGAAAGAAGAUGGCCACGGCGGCGGCCUCCCAGCUCUCCUUCUCGUCCCCGAUCGCCGCCCGCGGCCGGCGGCAGACCCGCGCGUCGGCGUCCGCGACGGACCGGCACGAGGUGGUGUCCCCGAAGCUGCGGCUGCCGCUGCGCAAGGUGCCGGGCGACCACGGCCCGCCGCUGCUGGGCGCGCUCAAGGACCGGCUCGAGUACUUCUACGGGCCCGGCGGCCGCGACGGCUUCUUCGCGUCCCGCGUCCGCGCGCACCGCUCCACGGUGGUGCGCCUCAACAUGCCGCCGGGCCCCUUCGUGGCCAAGGACCCGCGCGUGGUGGCGCUCCUGGACGCCGCCUCCUUCCCUGUCCUCUUCGACACCUCCCUCGUCGACAAGACGGACCUCUUCACCGGCACCUUCAUGCCCUCCACCGACCUCACCGGCGGCUACCGCGUGCUCUCCUACGUCGACCCCGCCGAGCCCAGCCACGCGCCGCUCAAGUCCCUCCUCUUCCACCUCCUCACCCACCGCCGCCACCACGUCAUCCCGGCCUUCCGCGACGUCUACGGCGACCUCUUCGGCCUCAUGGAGAACGACCUAGCGCGGGCCGGCAAGUCCGACUUCGGCGCGCACAACGACGACGCCGCCUUCGGCUUCCUCUGCCAGGCGCUCCUCGGCCGCGACCCCCUCGACUCGCCGCUCCGCGACCAGGGCCCCAAGCUCAUCACCAAGUGGGUCCUCUUCCAGAUCAGCCCGCUGCUCAGCCUCGGCCUGCCCACCCUCCUCGAGGACGGCCUCCUCCACACCUUCCGCCUCCCGCCCGCGCUCGUCAGCAAGGACUACGGCCGCCUCGCGGACUUCUUCCGCGACGCCGGGAAGGACGUCAUCGACGAGGGCGAGCGGCGCGGGAUCGCGCGCGAGGAGGCCCUGCACAACAUCAUCUUCGCCAUGUGCUUCAACUCCUUCGGCGGCAUGAAGAUCCUCUUCCCGUCCAUGGUCAAGUGGCUGGGCCGCGCGGGGGGCCGCACGCACGGCCGCCUCGCCACCGAGGUGCGCGCGGCGGUGCGCGCCAACGGCGGCGAGAUCACGAUGCAGGCGCUGGCGGAGAUGCCGCUGGUCAAGUCGGCGGUGUACGAGGCGCUGCGGAUCGAGCCGCCCGUCGCGAUGCAGUACGGCCGGGCCAAGCGGGACAUGGUGGUGGAGAGCCACGACUACGGCUACGAGGUAAGGGAAGGGGAGCUGCUCUUCGGCUACCAGCCCAUGGCCACCAAGGACCCGCGCGUCUUCUCCCGCCCCGACGACUACGUCCCCGACAGGUUCCUCGGCGAGGACGGCGCGCGGCUGCUCCGCCACGUCGUCUGGUCCAACGGGCCGGAGACGGCGUCGCCGUCGCUGCAGGACAAGCAGUGCGCAGGGAAGGACUUCGUCGUGCUCAUCGCGCGCCUCCUCGUCGCCGAGAUCUUCCUCCGAUACGACUCCUUCGACGUCCAGGUCGGCUCCGGGCCGCUCGGCUCGUCGGUCACCGUCACCUCGCUCAAGAAGGCCACCUUCUGAUCUAGCAAGAGCUCUGACCCACCCACGGUCGUCAAAGCCGCCAGUGCCUCUCCACGUGUACUUAUUUCGCUAUUAAUUUGUACCAUGCAAGUGAUAGGAAGACCACCUUCUGAUCUACGAAGAGCUUGAUUCGUAAAAAAAAAAAUUAAAAAAAAAAUCUAGGAAGAGCUCUGACCACCGGUCAAAGCAACCAAAUUCAAAAGAAAAAUACUGCCACGUCUACUUCUUUUCUCUCUUCUCUUCUUUCUUGGUUGGUGCCAGUAUUUCACCAUGCAUGUGAUUGACUUGCAUGGAAAAUUGGAGGUGUAACAGAUAUUCUUUAUCGGGGUGUAACGGAUUGUCUUUUCUUAGUAAGGAUAAGGCAUGCCGACCUAUGGUGUCUUGUUUGUGGUAA